CCCGACCAGGAUAAGGCGGGCAGGUGGUGGCAGCCGGACCUUUCGCUGUCUGUGCCCCGCCUCUCGAGCGGCCUGGGCUCUCAGUCCCCGUCUCUCCCCACCUGUAGGGCUCUCCGCCCGGCCUUCCGCAUGCCCUAGUGGUGGGUUGGGGGAAGUGGAGCCCGGAGCAGCCGGGGAAAGAGGAAAAUUCCAGCGCGAAGGAAGGCCGGCCCUGCCCCGCCUCCCCGCGGCGGGGAGAGGAGCGAGAGGCUGCGCUGGCCGGGGCGGAGUGGGGCUGUGCCGGGAGCAGGGAACCCUGCGAGCGGCUGGGAGGGAAGCCGCUGUUCAGCCCGAGCCGGAGCGGCAGGGGAAGAGCGGCCCGCGGCGGCAGCAGCAGCAGGGGACGGCUCCGCCUGUCGAGUUUUCCAAGAAGAAAAGCUAAAACUGAAGCUCCUCUUCCUCCAUCUGAAACAAAAAAACUUUGAAGUUUCUUCAUUUGAUGAUACAGAACCAACUAAUUACACCAUGGAACAAAAAGAGAAUAUAACUGAUAAAGACAUAGAAUUGUCUGUGGUCCUUCCAGGGGAUGUGAUCAAAUCUACUACUGUUAAUGGCAGCACACCCAUGAUGGACUUGCUGAUUUUUCUCUGUGCACAGUAUCAUUUAAAUCCAUCAAGCUAUACCAUAGACCUGAUGUCAGCAGAGAAGAGACAGAUUAAAUUCAAACCCAACACACCAAUUGGAAUGCUUGAAGUAGACAAGGUGAUUUUAAAGCCAAAACAUAUGGAUAAGAAAAAGCCCACUCCUAUAAUGCCGGAGCAAACGGUAAGAGUGGUAGUAAACUACAAGAAAACACAGAAGACUGUAGUGAGAGUGAGUCCACAUGAACCUCUUCAUGAAUUCAUACCGAUUAUCUGUAGCAAAUGUGAGUUUGAUCCUUUGCACACUGUAUUGCUGAAGAACUACCAGUGUCAGGAGCCCCUUGAUGUAACAAAAUCUCUUAAUGAUGUUGGACUAAGGGAAUUAUAUGCAAUGGAUGUCAGUAAAGCCACUCCAGCUGCUGACUUCAAUUUAUCAUCGUUACGAGGCUCCUGCCAAAUUUCUCAAAACCCAGGUACUUUGAAGGAGAAAGAAAAUAAAGGAUUUUUCAGCUUUUUUCAGCGAAGUAAGAAGAAACGAGAACAAACUGCCAGUGCCCCAGCAACUCCACUGAUGAGCAAACCCAGGCCAACUUUUAUCAACAGAUCUAACACGAUUUCCAAGCAGUACGACUCUAAUACAUUGCCAUCUGAAAUGCCAAAGAAGCGAAGAGCACCCUUGCCUCCAAUGCCUGCCUCUCAAAGUGUCCCACAGGAUCUUGCACAUGCCCAAGUGAAAUACACAUCGUCUUGUGUCGUGAAAUCUAGUAGUGUUGAUGAAAAUGAACAGGGUCAGUUGAGACUAGGAAUAGUGAGAACAGGUUCUCUGCAGCUCAGUGGCACAUCAUCUGUUAACUCCUCUUUGAGAAGGACUAAGCGCAAAGCGCCCUCCCCACCCUCUAGAAUACCACAAGACCAAAGUGACAACAGUAAAAGAACUGGUAAAAAGACAGAUGAAAACAGUACAAUGUUAGAGGAAAAUGUCCUGGAUCAAACUUCAGUUCUAUUUCAAGCAUCAGAGUUUGCAGAAUCAAACCCUGUAGAAAAUAUUGUGGAAGAAAGAGAUGCAGAAGUACUGUUUCCAACAGGUGAUAAAGUUGAUGUAACCAGAGCCAUAGUGCCAUCAUGUGCCUCUCAUUGCUUAGAUGCAGCCAAUCAUGAACAAAACACUGUCCAGCAACUGACAGAUGAAAGUAACCUUUCUGGUAACACUGGCUGUCCUGAUGCAUCUGAAAUGCCUUCUAAAUCUGGAAUUUGCUCUGAAUAUAGCCUGGAGGAGAUCAAUGAAAAGGAACAGAAGAAUGUACAGCACAAAGAGGAAAGUGAAAGUGCAGAUACCUCUCUUAUGACACAAGAGGUUUCUGCCUCCUUCAUUUCUACUGAUGUACCACUAGAUACUGAAAAAAAUGAUUCUGCUUCAUCAUCUUCAAUUCCUGGCAGUGGCUCUGUAGAUAACUUUCAAAGUUUCAAGGAAGAAAAACAAGAAAAUAUGAGCACAGAUGGCAAAGGCCCACACAGUAAGAUAGACAGUGCACAAAUUACAUUUGAAAAUGACAAGAAGUUGGGAAUAUUGGAUCCAAACAAAAAUUAUGAUCAUAAUGGCACAAGAUUCCUUCCAGCAACCAUAGGAGAAAAAGAAAAUCGACGUAAGAUGGGAGAAAUUAAUACAGCAGAUGUCAGAGAAGAAAAUAAGCUUGAAGUUGAGAGACUAUCAAACUGCCAAGAGUAUAAAAAUGACAUCUCUAUAAAUCAGAAUGAUAAUCCUCAAGUGAAUCUAGGAAUACAAGAUCAGAAGCUAAUUCAAACUAACAUGGAGAUAGUAAAAACUCAGGAUGUUGCAAUUCAGACAACUCCAUCUGAUAAUAGUUUUGGCAGGACUACACUAAGUGAAAUGAUUGUCCUUCAAGAUUGUGAGUCAUCCACCUUCAAAGGAGUAGCCCACAUGCAGAAUUUAGAUAGGGACAGUCCAUCUUUGCAGUUGAUGAACAAGGUGCAAGAGUCUGUAGAGGUUUCAACAGAAUUCAACCAUCAGAGACAAGACGCUGCGGAUGACAAAGCAAUUCCCAUACAAAAUCAAAGUAAUAUAUAUGAGAAUGAUAGUAGUUUUACCCCAUCAGAGAGAGCUCCAAAAAGUGCAAUUAAUUCUCCUAUUAAAAGUUACCCACUUUAUAGACCAGACUUCAAACCUAAACCUAAACCCUCUAAUGAAAUUACAAGAGAAUAUAUUCCCAAAAUUGGAAUGACUACUUAUAAAAUAGUGCCUCCAAAAUCUUUGGAAAUAUUGAAAGGUGGUGAGUCAGAUGCUAUGUCAGCCAUUAAGGAUCAGAUUGGUGUCACCUUGGAAAUGUCCCCACAGUCAGAGAAUUCAAAAGAAUUUGGAGUGCAAACUGAAAUUCUUAGGGUUUCAAAAAGCACAAGUCAGUCAGAGUCUGGUUUAAAAUAUGAACCUGCUUUGGCAGUGAAUGAUCAGCUGCACAAAACUAACAGCAUUACUGACAGUGUCUCAACUUCUGAAAUUGGGAUUACUACUGAAAGCAAGCACAUAGAAACAGAGGCUUCCAAACCCAAUCUAGGUAAUGGCAUAACUCCAUUGAUGCUAAACUCGGGUAACACAAAUUCUUCACCUGAGACUCAAGAAAAAUCAAGUGUUUUCAGUCCUACAACGAAACCUAGUUCUUUUUACUUACAGAUGCAAAGAAGGGCUUCAGGUCAUUAUGUAACAUCUGCAAUUGCCAGAAGUGUCAGUGCUGCUACAAGUCCUACUCAAAGAGAGGCUACAAAUACAGAGAGAGAAAAAAAUUUGACGGCAUCAGAUCAAUCUUUAUUUCCUUUACAUAAAACAUAUAAUUUCCCUGCUGAAUUAGAUGAAGAAAAGGUUGAUAAUGAGAAAAAAAUUGACACUUUUACUUCUGUCAAAACUGCUAAACCUUUGAGUUUCCCCUCCUGUCAGCCAGCAACAUUGAACUUAAGAACUCUUAGAACUUUUGCAGUUCCAAAACCAUAUUCCAGUUCUAGGCCAUCCCCCUUUGCUCUUGCUGUCUCAUCGGCAAUCAAAAGAUCACAGUCAUUCAGUAAACCACAUACCAUCAGUAGCCAGCCAUCAAAAGAGGAAUCUCCUGUUGAACUAUCCUCAGCACCUUCCACAGGAGAUGUGAAGAACCAAUUUUUACAGACCUUAACAGGAGGUUCACAACAUAAUAUGAUGGAUAAGAAAAGUAAUUGUACAAACAAUGAACAAAACAGCCAGGUGCAAUCUUCAGUUGACCACCCAACUUCUGUUUUUGAGAGAGAAACUGCUUUAACGUUCCAGAGCUCUGACCCAGAACAGAUCCACCAGAGUCUGCUGGCUGCUAUCCGCUCUGGAGAAGGUGCUGCCAAAUUAAAAAGGGUUUCUGCUCCAUCAAAUACUGUAUCUGUCAAUGGAAGAUCCAGGCUCAGUCACUCAUUUUCCACAGAAGAAAAAUAUAACCAUUAGACAUUAUACCAAAUAUUUUUGCACUUUAGUAUCAUUGCCUAGGCUAAAUUAAUACUAACUGCAAAUUUUUGCAAAUGUAAAUGCAGGUGUAUGUCACUAUACAUUGUUAAUUAAAAUAUAGGAAUUUCAUGCUGGAUCUCUUAAUUCCUGGGGAAGGUUUAUUAGAAUAUGUAAUUUAUAGUAAUAUUUUUGCCUUUUUUGUAAAAGCUGAAAAUGCUGCUUCAGAACUUUAAGAUGAGGUGCAGAUGAGUUUCAUUUUCGUUUAAAUGAAAAUCAAAUGUUGAUUUAAUUUUGUACUGUUAAGACUGAAUGACAUGUAGCAACAUGCUGAAAAAUACCGAUUUAGAGGAGUCUGAGAAUUUCAGAUUUUUAAGUUUAUAAUUGUAUAAUACUAAUGUUAAAUUGUGAGUUUAAAUAUACAUCUGCCACUUGUUGCCUCAAUGUUAUUUUGUUAAAUUAAAUAUUGUAAUUAGCAGAAAAUCUUAAUUAUAUUCAAUGAAGCACACUCUAGAAUUUCAUAGAAAAUGGGUGUGUUUUCCUUUUUUCAGCUAAGAGUUGGAAUCGAUACCAUUUGGCUUUUACUCUCCUUAACUUUUUUCCUAAUAGCACAACAAACAUCAGGACAAAAAUGAUCUGAAGUUUUUCAUUCUAUUUUAAUAUUUUCUUUACACUAAUAUUAUUUGGCUUUUCUCAUUUUGCUCUAUAACAAGUAAUUUUUGUGAAUAGCUUUUUCUCAUAAUAUUCGGAUAAGCAAUAUGUACCAGAUACCUUUUUAAAUAUUGUCAUCGACAGGUAGAAACAAUGGUAGGGAAGAAAAAAUCCAGUUUUGAUAUUUAGUGAAAGAGAAAUAAAAGAAAUGUGCUCACAUGAAAUAUAACUAAAAAGAUCCUAAAAUGCUUUGAAAUUAUUCAUAAACAGUUUAUUAUAGUCUUAAAUCAGCACAAUAAUGGGAAAACAAAGCACAUUAUACAAAAGUCUGUAUUUAUAGAAUAAGCAUUUGCUACUGAAAUAGAAAAGAGGUGAAGCUGGAACACUAUAUAAAAAGAAAUGCCUAAUAAUAGAUACAGUGUUUAUCAGUUUCUUUCUUGUCAAGAUGAUACUUUUUUAGGGGAAAAUGGGAUUAUAGUGAUGAUUUAAAAAAACUGGAUUGUAGAUAUUUACUGCAAAUAUUGAGAUAUUUGCCAUUUUCUAAAAUAUUUCAUGUUGGGUUUUGGUUGAAUAAAAGUAAUUGUGUUUAGUUUUAGUCUUUAACAAUAUUUAUUUUGUGUUAUAGAAACCAUUUGUAACAUUCAGUGGUAUUUUAAUUGCACAAAUUGGUUUAUAAUUGCUCAUUUAAGUAAAGGUUUAUUUUGAAGAAUGGCAUACUGCCAAUGAUUUUUGUGCAAUAAUCUGGGAUCAAUGUACAUUACUUUCACUAGUUGGGAGUGGUCACAAGUAAAACUAUAUUAAAGUUGUAACAAUGAUUAAACACCUAAGACUGUCCUAGUAAACAGUAAUUCUUAAAUACUAAA